UGCUGCUGGAAACUGAAGAAGAAAAUGAAACAGGGGACCUGAGGAACCCGAACACCGCUUCAUGCUGUGUAAAUGCAAGCUGUUUAAAUGUAAGAACAAAGGCAGCCACCGAUACCGAUGAACAAAUAAAAGACGACAAUAUACUUAGGCUUUUGUGAAGCAAGCGGACCACGGACUCAAACAAGGAUGGCGGGAGUGUUCGAUAUAGACUUGGAGACUGAGGACAUCAGUGAUACAGAGGAUGAUGUCUGUGACUUCACCGUGCCAGAGCCAGAGAGUGUUCAGACAGAGGAGGUGGAGCUUACCAGUGAGUGCGUCAACAGAGAUAGUGAGAGAGUUGGACCUGACUGCUUUGAGCUUCUUACAGUUCUGGGAAAAGGGGCAUAUGGCAAAGUUUUCCAGGUGAGGAAGGUCCAAGGUGCACAGAUGGGGAAAAUAUUUGCCAUGAAAGUCCUGAAAAAGGCUAAAAUAGUGUGUAACGCUAAAGACACGGCCCAUACAAGAGCAGAGCGGGAGAUCCUGGAGACGGUGAGACAUCCGUUCAUCGUUGAUCUACUCUACGCCUUCCAGACGGGGGGAAAACUCUACCUCAUACUCGAGUGUCUAAUUGGGGGGGAGCUCUUCAUGCAGCUAGAGAAGGAGGGCAUUUUCAUGGAGGACACUGCUUGUUUCUAUCUAGGAGAGAUCACACUGGCCCUUGGUCACCUCCACUCCAACGGGAUUAUUUACAGAGAUCUUAAACCUGAAAACAUCAUGCUGAAUCACCAAGGACACAUCAAGCUGACUGAUUUUGGCCUCUGUAAGGAAUCAAUUCACGACGGAAGUGUCACACACACCUUUUGUGGCACCAUCGAGUACAUGGCUCCAGAGAUCCUGACCAGGUCGGGUCACAACAGAGCAGUAGACUGGUGGAGCCUGGGUGCUCUGAUGUAUGAUAUGAUGACUGGAUCGCCUCCAUUUUCUGCUGAAAACAGGAAGAAGACCAUUGACAAGAUCUUGAAGUGUAAACUCAAUCUGCCCCCAUAUCUGACCAUUGAUGCCAGGGACCUCAUCAAGAAGCUGUUGAAGAAGAAUCCGGCACAGAGACUUGGCUCCAGUAAAGCAGACUGUGCUGAUAUUCAGAAACAUCCAUUCUUCAAGCACAUUAACUGGGAUGACCUACUGAACAAGAGAGUGGAGCCUCCAUACAAGCCACAGCUGCAGUCAGAUGAGGACGUGAGCCAGUUUGACACCAGGUUCACCAGACAGACACCAGUGGACAGUCCAGACGACACUUCCCUUGGCCACAGUGCAGAACUCGCCUUCGCUGGUUUCACCUACGUGGCUCCGUCGGUGCUUGAGAGUCUAAAAGAAGGCUUCUCGUUUGAACCCCGCACACGAACUGUACGCCGACACAACAGCAGCCCCCGCACACCCAUCAGUCCACUGAAGUUUUCUCAUGCCGGACCCUUCAAGUCCAGCCUGGACAGAGAGCCGGAUCUCUUCUCUCCCACCUCUCCGAUGGUUGCUCCAGUUUCGGUGCCACUGGAAAAUGGCACCGCGAGUCAGCCGAUCAGGACCCCGGCAAGGAACAAAAAGCAGAAGGGACAUCGCAGAUGAGGAGGGAAAUGUUUAGGGUGUGCAGUCUUUGCAGCAGGACUUUGGUCAGAUUCGUAUUUCUCGAGCAUCGAGCUGAAAGUGCUUGUUUAUCUUGUUUUUCUGGUAUCGUGCUUUUUUGGAAGUGGUUUAACUUUAGAGUUCUUUGAAAAACCAGAAGGCUUCAGUUUGCUUUUUUAUCCCUGCCAUCACAUUCAUCACUGAUGCAGCUCGUCUUAAAGUCUCACUCCGAUCACUUCACACUGAUUUCACUCGAUCAACAAGGAGUUUUUAGUCUUUCAAACCAGGGUCGACAACCUGAGUUUAAUCACUGUUCUCACAUGGUCACUGGCAUUUUUACGACUUCAUUAUAUCUGCUCCUAAACUUCUGUCACACUGGGACAUAUAUAUACAUAGGUAAACUUUGUUGGGUGUUAAAAUAUUUUCUGCAAAUAGACUUGAAGUGAAAGUCCAGGUUCUUCAAAUGUGGUUUUGAGGUACUGACACUGUCUAGAACCUGGCAGGUUUUCUGUCACUGAAAAUCUGUCUGCUCGCAGGAACAAAAUGAAAAACAGAGUCUCUUAGUAAAACACAUGCCUGAAUAAAUCAUCUUAAGAAUAUAUGUUUACCACUUCAUCACUUCAGUCCAUUGAGUAAAUCUGUUAUUUGAAAUCGGAGCACACAGGAGUUGUUGAUCCACUGCUGCCUCCACCAUUAAGCUCGAAUGUAUUAUUUUGUGACUUAGCCGUUUGAAGUCUUUUGAUUGGCUUUUAUUUAAGUGACAUAAACUUACCAAAAGCGGCAGCAGUAGACCAGCAGUUCUUGUGUCCCUGCAAACAAGAACACUUCUCGAUGGGUUUAGGUUCUAAUGGUGAGAUAAAAUUGCAUCUACAAUCUUAUGAUAUUGUAGACGUAUGGAUUUCCGUCCCUGCUGACACCGUGUUUUCACAGAGAGCAAACCUCUGUGUCUCAGGCUGGUUCUCGGUGCCGGAGGUGCACGCAGUGCAGCGCCUAUGAUGUGUCAGUGCCUCAUACACAAACAACACUUCAAAAAACUGUCACUUUAAGGUGAGGUGACUGGCUUAAUCUUGUAUUAACUUGCACAUGUGAUUACAGCAAAAAAGGGAAGCUGCUGAUUUUUCUUUUUGCUUUGUUUUUGGUUUAAUUAUUUUGUCAGAUUUUAAUCAGUUUAUCAGAAUCAAGCUGCCUGGACAGUAUGUGUGUGUGUGUGUGUGUGUGGAUUGUGUGAUUGUAUUAUUAUUAUAAUGAUCUACUGCUGCAUCGUACAUUAAGUUAAAUAUGCACGACAGUCGGGUCUAGUUAAAGUUCUCUAUGAGAGAACUGAGCGUCUCUCAGUUCAUGUCUCAGCCAAAGUGUUUCACACCCUCUGUCCUCAAAUUGUAAGAAAAUGGACCAAUCCCACUACUGAGAGCAUGUAACACUAUAUUUAUUAUUCAAUAAUAUGAAAAAGGAGGGUUCAGGAACAUACAACAUCCAUAAAAACAACGAUGUACAAAUCAAGUAAGCAGUUAUAAUGAUGCUUUCAGAGCAUAAAUCAUGUAUAAAAAGAGUAUUUUCAGACAAACAGAACAAGCCUAUUUUUACACCUAAAACGCCUGAAAAGCCAAAUCAUGUUAAACAUGAAAUCUUAUUUUAAGUGUUCAAUUGUGAUUGCCUCACAUGCCUAAAACAAAAAAAAGAAAAGUUAUGUGGUUCAAAAUUAAUUUCAUUGGUGUUUUUUUUGUUUUUCUUUGAGUGACUCAUCGACAUAUAUGGAACCAAACCCAGUGGGCGUGGCUCUAUGUCUUGUAUUAUUUGCAAUAAAGAAAACAUUUGGAUGAA